UAGUCGGGCUUAGGGGGGUGCAGUAGUGCAUCUCAGCACACCCUGCUGGAACUGUGGCCACAUGGGGGCAGGUAGGGAGUCUGCCCAAUGCCAUCCAGGGGGAUCCAGGCUUCUGGAUGGGCUGCUCCCUUUGGAAAACACCAGCACCAGGGAGGCCUCUCAGUCACUCAUAGCCUAGUAUGAACUAAUCUGCUCAGGUCCCCCCACCUCUGAGCCUUCAAAGGACAGAGGAUUCAGGGCAGCGCAGGACAGCUACGAUGCUUGGGGAUGGGGGCAGCCAGGACCUGCCAGAAAGGGGUAGCAGGAUGGGUGGGCUGCGGUGCCAAGGGGACCGUGUCCUGAACACAGCCAACCUGGAGUGGGGCACUGUGGGAAGGCCAAGGGGGAAGCUGGUGGUGCUCCUGGAGGCCAGGACCUGCUGACCUAGCGGUACCUUCAUCCCUCUCCUGGCCUUCAACAGUCAACGUGGGAGAGCAGAGAGGGAGGUGGGGGCUUCCCACCCUGGGUCAGGUCACACAGGUCAGGUGUCAUGGAUAGCCCCCUGGACCUGGACAGAACACUGGAUGUGCAUGUGUUGUGAUGGGGCUGGAGGGUAGCAGACCAGGAGAGAGGGGUUCUCUGAAGAGGUAACAGGGCACUGCAGCAUGAGAACGUCUGGGGCACUGCCACGUGCAAAGGCCUUGAGGUAGGAGGGGCUCCCGGGGGUUGAGAGCACAGGGCAGCCGUGGGCCAUGCAUGUCUGGAAAAUGAGGUGUCAGGGCUUUGUGGGGAUGGGAUUGGCAAUGGGGCCUUGGGAGUUCCGACAUCUCAAAAGGGGUCAGAGCAAGAGCAGGAACUCUGGCUGGGGCUGUGGCGGGCUCCCUGGAGGACACUGAUGGGCUGGGGCAGAUGGAUCUUUGAGGUGACGGGGACACUGACUCCUGUGGAAUUCGAGGGAGCUGGGGGUGUCCAGGGCUGUGGUGUGGUCAUGGGGUUGAGCAGCUGGACAGGGCCAGCUGCAAUACUGGCCUUGGUCCUGCAGUGUGGAGCUGGCCACCGAGGCCAUUCAGUGAGGACACCACGCUGUGGCCAGGGCUCUGGAGGGGGUGAGGAGGGACAAGGGCAGGGCACCAUGGUGGACAGUGCAAUACAUCACCACCACGCCACAGCCUGGCCAGCCUGGCGCCGACCUAGACAUUGCAAGUCCGGUUCCCAAGUCCCCCUCCUCGCCGCUCGAGGCCCAGGCAGGGUCCUGCGGGGUCUGCUCUGCCCUUCUCCUCCAUCUAAAGGUGGCAACCAAAUGAAUAAAACGUGACUGAUGCUUGGGUAAGGAUAGAGGCCACUGCAACAGAGGCGCAGGGGGGCUCAGGCCUCCCCAUCCCGGCCACGACCCCAAAUGGCGCCCACACUGCAGGAGCCACGCGUCAGAGGCGUCCCCAGCCAAUACCGGCAUCCAACGGCUGGGGUUCGCCUCGGCAUCAGGAAUGCAGAGAUGCGGGGUACCCCUGGGGCCCCCACAGGCCGAGGCAAUCCUCACCGUACUGCCAGUGCGCGACUCUGCCGCCUCGGCGCCAGGAGAAGUGUGAAAGACCUCCGCUGAGCGGGGCUGAGUUGGGGAGGUGGUGGCGCACCCGCUCCAGCCAGGAAGCCGCACAAGGGCCCAUUCACGAAGCCAGCCCCCGCCCGAUCCCCGAGCCCAAGCCGGAGCCCGCGCGUGCGCUCCGGACCCUGCUGCGGCCUAGCCGGUGAGAGCGCGUGCGCGAUCAGAGUGAGCGCGCAGCCGGGGUGUGCCGGGCGACGGGAGGGGACCGCAUUUGCACCAGGGGGAGGAAGGAACAUGCGCAUGCACGCAGGUCGAGGGGCCGUGCUUGCAAAGUGUGAGGGAGAGGCGUGCAUGCCGGGGCUGAGGGAAGGGGUCGCGCGUGCUCAGGAGGGAUGGAGGAGCCUCGCGUUCACAGGGAGCGGGCGAGGACGCGCAAGGCUGGUGUGAGGCUUGGCACUACAGGAUGGAUGUGCCCCUUAACACCCCACAGCAGGGUAGGGGCCUGGUGCUGGUCCGCCGGCAGCCACCCAACCCCCAAAGCCUGAUGGAGACGCUGAAGGCCAGGCUGCAGCGGAGCUGUAGGUGCAGUGUGCCGCGGGCCUGGGCACUGGUACAGGACCUGGUCCCUGUCACACGCUGGCUGCGUCAGUAUCGCCCCCAGGAGGACCUGGCAGGUGAUAUCAUGUCCGGGUUGGUCAUCGGCAUCAUCCUGGUGCCACAGGCCAUCGCCUACUCCCUGCUGGCUGGACUACAGCCCAUCUACAGCCUCUACACGUCCUUCUUUGCCAAUCUCAUCUACUUUCUGCUGGGCACCUCGCACCAUGUGUCUGUGGGCAUCUUCAGCUUGCUGUGCCUCGUAGUGGGGCAGGUGGUGGACCGUGAACUCCAGCUGGCCGGCUUUGACCCUUCUCAAGAUGGCCUGGGGCCCAGGGACAAUGGCAGCACCCUGAACAGUUCAGCAGCCACAUUGGAGCCCAGGCUGCAGGACUGUGGGCGGGAUUGCUAUGCCAUCCGUGUGGCCACUGCCCUCACUCUGAUGACUGGGAUUUACCAGGUCCUCAUGGGCAUCCUCCGGCUGGGUUUUGUGUCCGCCUACCUCUCACAGCCACUGCUGGAUGGCUUCGCUAUGGGGGCCUCGGUGACCAUCCUGACCUCGCAACUCAGGCACCUGCUGGGCGUGCGGGUCCCCCGGCACCAGGGCCCUGGCAUGGUGGUCCGCACAUGGCUGAGCCUGCUGCAUGGCUUAGGGGAGGCCAACAUCUGCGACAUGGUCACCAGUGGUGUGUGCUUGCUGGUGCUACUGGCAGGCAAGGAGCUCUCGGACCGCUGCCGGCGCCGCCUGAGGGUGCCACUGCCCACAGAGCUGCUGGUCAUUGUGGUGGCCACGCUUGUGUCCCACUUCGGGCAGCUCCACAAGCGCUUUGGCUCAAAUGUGGCUGGUGACAUCCCCACUGGCUUUGUGCCCCCACAGGCACCAGACCUGGAGCUGAUGUGGCGUGUGGCACUGGAUGCUGUGUCUCUGGCCCUGGUGGGUUCAGCCUUCUCCAUCUCGCUGGCCGAGAUGUUCGCCCGCAGCCAUGGCUACUCUGUCCGUGCCAACCAGGAGCUGCUGGCCGUGGGCUGCUGUAACGUGUUGCCUGCCUUCUUCCACUGCUACGUCACUGGCGCCGCCCUGUCCAAGAGUCUGGUGAAGACGGCCACUGGCUGCCGGACGCAGGUGUCCAGCUUGGUCAGUGCAGCUGUGGUGCUACUGGUGCUGCUGGCGCUGGCACCGCUGUUCCGGGACCUGCAGCGGAGUGUGUUGGCCUGUGUCAUUGUGGCCAGCCUGCGGGGCGCUCUGCGCAAGGUCAGGGACCUCCCACAGCUGUGGCGGCUGAGCCCAGCCGACGCACUGGUCUGGGCAGUCACCGCGGCCACCUGUGUGCUGGUCAACGUCGAGGCUGGGCUGCUGGCCGGGCUGCUCCUCUCAUUGCUCAGCUUGGUGGGGCGCACACAGCGCCCACAGGCUGCACUCCUCGCCCGCAUUGGAGACUCGGCCUUCUAUGAAGAUGCUGCAGAGUUUGAGGGCCUGGUGCCCCCAGCCGGAGUGCGAGUGUUCCGCUUUGCAGGACCACUCUGCUAUGCCAACAAGGCCUUCUUCCUGCAGUCACUCUACAGUCUCACAGGGCUGGACGCGGGGUGCUCGGCUGCCAGCAGGAAGACACAGGGCUUGGAGCUAGGGGCAGGUGAGGGGGACCCCAUGGAGGGCAAGGACCCCGUGAGCAGUGGAGCCAGGCUGGUGCCCAUGGCAGCGGGGUUCCACACGGUGGUCAUUGACUGCGCCCCCCUGCUGUUCCUGGAUGUUGCCGGCAUGGCCAUGCUGCAGGACCUGCGCCGAGACUACAGGGCACUGGGUGUCACCCUGCUGUUGGCCUGCUGCAGCCCCUCGGUGAGAGAUGCCCUCCAGAGAGGGGGCUUCCUUGGGGAGGACCAAGGAACUGAGGAGGAGCAGCUGUUCCCCAGUGUGCACAGCGCUGUGGAGGCCGGGCAGGCCCGCCACAGGGAGCUGCUGGCCACCAACUCUGCCCUCUAACGGGGCUGUGGCCUGCGCUCUGGGAGUCUGAGGCAGACACCUGAAGGUCACCAUCACUGAGCUCCGGGAACCCCGGCUGGGAAAGCAGGGGCAGCACCAGAACACACUCGAGACCUGGUGCUCAGUGACCCAGAACUCUGCCUCUGAGAUCAGCCAUGCCCUCCUCAUGCCAGUGCCCACAGUGUGCCUUGACCAGAGCUUGGAAGGGCCAUGCCCUGUUGAAUACCACGUUGCCAUCUUAUCCUCACAGAGUCCUGCAAGUGUGGAGAGGGACACCCCGGCCCAGAGCCGGCCCAGACCCUGCCCCUCGGGAAGGAGCUGGAGCCGUGACCAGGGUGUGAGGGUCUGUGUUUCUGGAACCCACCUACACCCAAGUGCCCCUCACACCUGGUGCUCUUCCCUGCAGGCCAGGCCAGGGCUGAAGGGCAUGUGGCCACCACAACCUCAGCCAGGCCACAGGCAUGGCAUUCCUACACGGCUAGACCACCAACCACAUCGUGCACACAGAGCCAGGGCAGUGGACACCAGCCUGACCCUGGACCUCCAACGUGCCCUCAGCACCCCAGCCAGGUUGUCCCCCCAUCCCUGCAGGGUACUCCGACAGGACCUGAGGGCCACCCAGCCCUGCACUGGCCCCCACUUCCAGUCCCACCCAGUCCCACGCACCUGGCUGUGAUGAGGUCCAGCAGCCAGUGUGUCCGAACCUGUUGGAUGCCACCGUGGGGAACGGCGCCCACAUAGGCGAGGUUGAGCUGCUGGUCCCAGCUGAGGUCAUACUGGUCAGCUUGGUCGUGUGGCAGUGGGGGGCUAGGGACAGACAAGGUGCCCUGCAUUGGUGCCGACCAGGGCCUGAAGAUGGGUACUAGUGAACAAUAAACUGCCCCCAGGCCAGGAA